AUGGCUUUUAAAGAUACUGGGAAGACACCCGUGGAACCAGAGGGGGCGAUUCAUCGAAUUAGAAUCACACUAACCAGCCGCAAUGUCAAGGUGUGUGCUGACUUGAUCAGAGGCGCAAAGGAAAAGAAUCUCAAAGUGCCAGCCCAGAUGCCGACCAAGACUCUGAGAAUCACUACAAGGAAGACUCCCUGUGGGGCGGGUUCUGAGACUUGGGAUCGGUUUCAGAUGAGGAUCCACAAGUGGCUCAUCGACUUGCACAGCCCUUCUGAGAUUGUCAAGCGGAUUACUUCCAUCAGCUUGGAACCAGGAGUGGAGUCACCAUUGCAGAUGCUUAAAUCAGGCUUUUUAAUAAAUUGGCUACCCGUUGUUUAA